AUGAUACCAAAAUACGUCUACCUCAUCAUCUAUGUUUCCAGGAACCGCGCCCUCUACUCCACACUAUCAACCAUCGGCUACAACGUCACAACGCUCAGCAUCCAGACCGACAACCCCGCAAACAAAAAAUUCCCCAACCUGCACUACAUCCAACUUGAAAAGGUCUACAAAACCUUAGCAACAACCCAAAAUUACGAUUUAAUAGAAUUUGCUAAACAUUCCACUUACACCAGCAUAACCCACAUCAACGGAGUCUUCGGAACCAGCGACGGUAUCACCAUGCAGACCAAGGGGUUGCAGAGUCUUUUAAACUACCCCCGAGACUUCAAAUUCGAUUUGGUCCUUUACGAUUAUACGGGAAUUCCAGGGUUGUUGAGUGUGGUAAUGGAUAGAUUUGGUUAUCCGCCGUUGGUAGGACUGACAGCUUUUACCAAUCCGCCUAAUACGAAUAGUUUGGUUGGAGGUGCACCUUUGGCAUCGUUGGUGCCUUAUUAUAAUACGGAGUUGCCACAAGUGAUGUCUUUUUGGGAGAGGUCGAAAAACUUGUUCUUUUAUUUGCACGACUGGAGGGUCAGGAGGGCACUGUUGAAGGAGGCUCAGAUGAGGGCAGAGCUGAUUUAUGGUGAAAAAUUACCAAAUUUGGAAGAAGUAGAAGGUAAAGCAAGUUUGGUUAUGGUCAAUACUCAUCCGUCCAUGGACCUGCCUCAACCAUUAUUACCAAAUAUUAUUGAAAUUGGUGGAAUGCACAUCGAAGAACCUAAACCUGUACCACAGGCCAUUAAACAUUUCAUCGAAUCUGGCAAGAAAGGUGCAGUGCUUUUCAGCAUUGGUUCGACUCUCAGGAGCGCUGUUAUCGGGCAACACCGAAUCGAUAUGUUCGUUAAUGCUCUGGCAAGACUACCAGAAUACAACUUUUUGUGGAAGUUCGAAGAGGACGGUUUGGAAGUUCCUAAAAAUAUUAUGCUGCAAAAAUGGUUUUCGCAAAACGACAUUUUAGCUCAUCCCAAUUUGAAACUAUUCAUAACCCAUGGUGGUCUUCUGAGCUCCCAAGAAGCAACCUGGCACGGAGUACCAAUGUUGGGAGUCCCCUUUUUCGGCGACCAGAGAGCAAAUAUCAAAAAGGCUACUGAGGCAGGAGUUGCUGAAAAAUUGGACCUGCUCACGAUGACGGAGGAUGAUAUUUACCAAAAGGUUAAACAGAUGCUUGAAGAUGAGAGUUACCGCCAAAAGAUGGCGCUGCGUUCGUCUCGUUUCCGCGAUCGCCCGAUGCAUCCGCUGCAAGAGGCGACAUGGUGGUGCGAAUACGUACUAAGGCACAAAGGAGCCCCCCAUCUGAAGUCCCUGGCAGCAGUUAUGGGAGCCCCUACACUUUUCAUGUGGGACUUGGUGCUCGUGUGGCUCGGACUGUUUUUGGGAGGCGCCUUUUUGGUCGUUUUGGGACUCAAGAAAAUCUUUUAUCCUGCAGAAGGCCAAAAGAGCGACAGGAAGGGCAGAAGCAAUGUCAAGAGCCAAAAGAUUGAUUGA